AUGCCAGAGUCAACAGCCCCACAGGUCUCCUCCUUCUCGACCACCUUCACCCCCGCCCACCUCAAAUUCAUCAACGCCAAGCUCGAGAAGCUCUCCCCCGAGAAAAUCAUCGAAUGGGCCAUGAUCUCCCUCCCUGGCCUAAUCCAAACCACAGCCUUCGGUCCCACAGGCCUCGUCAUCCUCGACAUGAUCAACCGCAUCCACAUCGACAACCAGUCCGCCGCAAAUGUCCACCCCACCCCUGCCUCCUCCUCCGCCUCCGAAGAUGAGAGCGACGACGGUGAUCAUCACUUCAAAAAGUCGGGCUACAACACUCAACGCCACCCUGUGCCGUUGAUCUUUAUUGAUACCAUGUACCAUUUCCAGGAAACGUUGGAUCUGGCUCAGCAGGUCCAAGAUCAUUACAACAUCCCCCUCAAGGUCUACAAGCCCCUCAACUGUGAGACAACUGCCGAUUUUGAGACCCAGUACGGCCAGCACCUCUGGGAGACUGAUGACCUCUCGUACGAUUACCUCGUCAAGGUCGAACCUGGUCGUCGCGCAUACCAAGAGCUGGGAGCUCAAGCCGUCAUCUCUGGUCGUCGUCGGUCCCAGAAGGGUGAUCGUGCCCACCUCGACAUCCUCGAGAUCGAGUCCGGUACUGGUCUCCUCAAGUUGAACCCCCUUGCGAGCUGGUCCUUCCAACAGGUGUGGACCUACCUCCGCGCCUACCAGGUCCCCUUCAACGCUCUGUUGGAUCAGGGCUAUCGGUCGAUCGGCGACUGGCAUUCGACCAAGCCUGCGUCGAACCCUGAUGACGAGCGGUCGGGCCGUUGGGAGGGCAAGCAGAAGACUGAAUGUGGACUGCAUGUUGACUACUUCAAGAUGAGGGCCGAGUUCCAGGCGACCCAGAAGAAGAAGCAGGCCCUUCUUGCCUCCCGUGAGGCUGCUGUCGUUGUUGCUGCCGCUCCUGCCAUCCAGGCAUAG